AUGUUCAGAGGUCUGCCAGGCCCCUCGUGCGUACCCACUCUGGUCCAGUGCACCCAGCUUAAAGAUGAGGACGAAGAGGUUCUGGGGCCUGGGCUGACCCGCAAACCCCCAGCCUGCUCUUGCAACCAGCAUGCCCGACGCUGCAGGUUCAACUCUGAGCUCUUCAGACUGUCUGGUGGCCGGAGUGGGGGCGUUUGUGAGCGGUGCCGCCACCACACGGCUGGGAGGCACUGCCACUACUGCCAGCCGGGCUUCUGGAGGGACCCUGGCCAGCCCAUCACCAGCCGCAAGGCCUGUAGGGCCUGCCAGUGUCACCCAAUCGGGGCCACAGGGGGCAUCUGCAACCAGACCAGUGGGCAGUGUUCCUGUAAGUUAGGGGUCACUGGCCUCACAUGCAACCGCUGUGGUCCGGGCUACCAGCAGAGCCGUUCUCCUUGGAUGCCCUGCCAGCGAAUUCCAGAGGCAACAACACCCCUUGUUACUACCCCUGGUGCUUACAGCUCUGACCCUCAGUGUCAAAACUACUGCAAUGUCUCGGACACCAGGGUACAUAUGAGCCUUCGGAGAUACUGCCAGCAGGACUACGGGUCCCAGAUUCUGAACCUUAGCCCCAUCCCACAGAGGCUCACCUCAAAGUUCCCUAAUCCAUCAGUUUACACCAGUCCACACCAGCCCCAUGACAUCAGGGCCUACGACCUCAGGUAACUCAGAUCUCUUAGAUACUCAGGAGUUCAGCCCAGCCCUUGAAUCCAUACCAGCCUGUGAUUUCCCUCUAUGGUGUAAGAUCCCCAGGCCUCUCUUCCCUGAGGAUCCACCAUCUGGCCACCGGGUCCUAGGAUUUGGAAAAUGGAAACUUCUCAUCCUGCCUCACAGAGGGAUCUUCCACCCCAUAGACUUAGCUUGCGAGCAAGAGUCCUGCCCCUAACACAUCUCACCUCAGCCCUUCAGAGAGUACAUGUUUUCUGAAUCACCAUCACUAUGACCUCAAUUCUCAGGUCCUAAGUUCUGACCUCCUUCUGGCUCCCAAAAUUCAUCCCAGAGCCAAUAUCCUUUUCCAAGGGCUCUGCUUCAAUGUCUCUUGACUGUGCCAUAUUUGAGACCCUGGACCCACUUCUUCUGCCUUGUUCCCAGCCACACCCACUGGAGGGUCCCCUGGUUAUCCCUCCCCACACUUUAAGUCAUUCUGGCAUCUGCUGCUCCCAGUAUAAACCCCAACCAAAGCGUCCCACAGUCCUAGGUUCCUCUCUCUGUUCGGCCUCCCCUUCCAAGAAGGAGACCUCCAUCACCCCACCCUUCCUAAUGACAAUCCUGGAACCCCAUCUCACGCUCCAGAAGCCUUGCCCCUCCUUGCCUUGACCAUGUCUCCUCCAGCAGGCUCC